GUCUUAAGCCAAUCUCUCUUUGUCUCUGUGUUCAGACAGAGAAAUGGCCGCUUCAAUGCUAACACUUCCCUGCUUCAAACUCUAUGAUCAACCAAACCUCCUCCUUGGCUACAACAAAUCAUCUAACCAAACACUCCUUAGAUCCCAUUUCUCGCCUCCAAAACCUCUCUUGAUCUCCUCACGUGACAACAGUUCUCGACGAUUCAGAGCCCUCCCAGAGACCAUCGCCCUCAAACAGGAAGAUACAACUGCUGCUGAUGACAAUCCUCCCGCGACCAUCAACACUAAGCUCUACUUUGGGAACUUGCCUUACAAUGUUGACAGUGCAACUCUCGCUCAGAUCAUCCAAGAUUUUGCUAACCCUGAGCUCGUUGAGGUUCUUUACAACAGAGACACGGGACAGAGUCGUGGGUUCGCCUUUGUGACGAUGAGCAAUGUUGAAGACUGCAACGUCAUCAUCGAGAAUCUCGAUGGAACUGAGUAUCUUGGUAGGACUUUGAAGGUGAACUUUGCGGAUAAACCGAAACCAAACAAAGAACCUCUGUAUCCAGAAACAGAGUUUAAGCUGUUUGUUGGUAACUUGUCGUGGACAGUUACUUCUGAGUCAUUAGCUGGAGCGUUUAGAGAGUGUGGGGAAGUGGUUGGUGCUAGAGUUGUGUAUGAUGGAGAUACAGGGAAGUCUAGGGGUUAUGGCUUUGUGUGUUACUCUUCCAAAGCUGAAAUGGAAACAGCUCUUGAAUCGCUGGAUGGACUUGAGCUGGAGGGUCGGGAGAUUCGAGUAAACCUGGCUCAAGGGAAGAAAUACUGAUAAUCAUAGAACAACAUUGCGGAAUUGUUUUGAGAUUUCUACAUAGAAAUUGUGUUUCAGCUGAACUAAUUGGCUCUAAAGAUCAAUAUGUUUGUUUUGUGGUUUAAGGUUUGGUAGUAACUAAUCAGUACCAAUCCAAAACUUCCAGUCUUUGUCCACAUGAUCCUGCGUCCAUUUCAAGUCUGCUCAUGCAGCUUGCGGUCCUACCAGAUACUACCUAAAGAUCUGUCAAGAAAUCUUACAAAGAAAAAAAUGUUAAGUUGUCAAAAGAAACAGAGCUCACUCUUGUAAAAGUUGAGAACCCAAACAGCAGGCAGAAAGUAACAAUCUAAGAUCAUUCUUGUCUGAAAGAGUU